AUGGUGAAUACAAACACAAAUCCAAGCGCGAACCACUCGAGCCGGAGUUCUAGAUCUAGGUCUAGCUCGAGCUCGAGCUCAAAUCUGCCCCCAUCAGACCCUCCUCCUCCAUAUACCCCCUCCGAAACUACCACCACCACCACGACAACGACAACCUCAAAACACUCAUCCACACCACGCUCAUACUCAGCAUCAGGCUCAGCAUCUUCCACCUACAGCGCCCUCACCCACGGCCUCCAAGUCCCCUCCCGCGCAGACUACUUCACCUCCGGCUUCGUCUACCCGCCCGUCCUCCGCGACUUCGCCAUCACACCCACCCACUGGACGCAGUUCACACAUGAGCUCGCCACACACGUAAAACUGUCCCGCGGGCAGUGGGUCACAACCGUCGCGAAGGCGCUGGGCGCGCUGGCGCUCGGCGGGACCAUGCUGGGCGUGCUGGGGGCCGUGCCCGCAGUGCUGGUGGGGCGCAAGGCGCGCCGGAAUCGAGAGGAGAUGAAUCUGGUUAUUGCGGCGGCGGAACCGGUGGCGGAGGUGGAGGUGGAGAGGGAUGGGGAUGAGGAUGUUCUGGGGAAAGGGGAGAGAAAGGCUGGGGCGCUGGCGAGGACGGUGCAGAGGUGGAAUGAGACGUUCUUCAGGCCGAGGGGGUUGCGUGUGAGGGUUGAGGUGCCGUGGGAGGGGCUUGAGGAGAUGGACGAGAUGGAGGUGAGUGGGCGGGAGCGACGGGGGAGAAAGGAGGAGGGUGUCAGGGAGGAUGCGGCGAGGAAGGCGAGGAUUGUGAUUGUGCCGGUGGAUUCUUAG